CGCCCCUGCAUGCCAUAAAAGAAAAGAACCCACUCUUCAAAACCAUAGGAGAGUCGCAUUCUCAGAACUGAGACUGACUUUUUGGUCUUCGCCGGUGACUUGGCUGCACUUGUUCAACAAGGUAGAUGGCGAUCACGCGUCCUUUUUGGAGCGUGUGUGUGUGUGUAGCCCUCAAAAAUCAUUGGGAGCCUGUCGACAUCUGUUUACUUUUCCAGGGGGCAAUAGACACUUUGGAAGGCAUCGCCCAACGAAAACAUUUUCCAAGGUGUCGUCAUAGGACUUGGGGCGCCAAAGUCGCGUACUUGCUGAGUAUGACUUUAACUCUCAAUUUGGCCCCGCGGUAGCUAGGACAAGUGACCGGCCAUUCCGCAGUCGCGCAUUGGCUUUGCGCUUGGAACUUUGAGCUUCGAGCUUCCUUUACUUUUUGACUUGGAGGAUUUGAUAGCUGAACCCUGACGCACGACGCAUGGUACUUCGAUUUACUUCGCUUAGGCAAGUUUUUACUUAGGAAUCUUCAGGGCCGGUCGAACUUUAUCCCGAGCGUGUCUCUCCAUCCUUGAGAGCCCUCCGUGGCCCAGCCGAGCUGGGGGUGAUCGUUGCGAGCAAGCAACAGUCCGUGCGGACAGCAGGAGCCCUCGAUGGCGAACGUGAAUGAUAAGACUUGACGACUUGGUUUUGAUUGGAGCAGGCCUCUGAGCCAGCAGGAGCCCGUAGCGGACAGAAGUGGCCAGCGUUUACCAAGGCAGCGCAGGCCGGAGCGUCCGCAGCUUUGAACACGACAUCAUGCGAUCUCCGCGAGGGCCUCAAAUUGAUAGUCCGUGUUCACACAAACAUACCAAACUAGGCACUGCCUCUUAUACUGAGGUUUGGUCUUUUGUCUUGCGCCCUUCUGUUUGGUUUCCCUGUCAUUCGCAACCACGUACCUUUCCCGCUUUGCUUUCACGCCCCUCCGUCUUCAUGACGCUUCAUCCUUUUCGUCUAUUGCGCACAAUCUGUUGGGACCUUAAUGCGCACGCACAUCUACCUACCAGGUUUCCGUAAUGGGGCUUGGCUCAUUUGUUUGUCCCUGGUCACUUGGUGUCCCCUCUAUUGCGUUCGCCGGCAUCGGGCGCCUUUGAGUCUUUUCAUUUCUCGUUUGUGCGUGUGUCUGUGAUUGAACGCCCCCAACCCGGGGAAUCUCGUCCCUUUUCUUUUCUCUCUCCUUUCAUUGCGUUGCCCAAAUCGAGGCAGAAAAGACGAGGGAGAACCUGUCAGUUGACCACUCCGCCUUCCGCCUCCCUCCUCCUUCAUUCUUCUGUUUUCCUUUCCUGUCGCCUUGGAAUCAUAGGGGGCCUGUGGGUUUUUGUUUUGCUUCUCGGAGGCAAUGGACACUUUGGAAGGCAUCGCCCAACGAAGACCUUUCCAUCGUGAUAGGACUUGGGGGCUGUGAACGUUGUUUUCCCUUUGACCUACUUGGAGGAUUCGAUAGUUGAACCCUGUAGAUAGUGAAAUUAUGAAAACCCGCCGGCAGGCUAAGCUGAAGCUGUUCCUGCGAAGGAAGUGAGUAAUAGGGGGUGUGGGGGAAGAGCGGGCCAAUGUGGCGGCUUUCAUCAUACUUGUAGCCUGGUGGGGUUUAUGUCUUUUUUGCAGAGGCUAACUUUGGGUAGUUGGCGGCGCAGAAGAUGCAAGGUGAAGUUGCUGCUGCACCAUUUGCACCACCAAGUUGUAUGAGGCUACAAUCGUCAACAACGCCAAUAUUGAGAAGGGAGUAACUUUCAUUCCGCUUUCUCUUGCGUUCAUUCUGCUUUCAUUUGCGUUCACGUUGCUUUCAUUUGUAUUCAUUCUGCUUUCCUUUGCUUUCAUCUAUCUGUCAGAGCCAUGGGUUCUUGGCAGAGACCCCGUCGACUGGCUCCACAAGCACGCAACUCAACUACAGUAGUGGUUCUGUUGACGCUUGAUUGUUGAAUACGCUAAACAAACCCAAGCGUUUCCCUGUGACCUGAUAGAGCCGUGGUUCAACAAGCGAGCAAUUGAAGCAGCGGUUUUGCUGUCGCUUGAUGUUUGGGUAGGCCAUCAAAAUCUCUCCAGACCAUAGAGUCAAUGAACUCCUGGAAAGUUCAGGAAUUUUGGCGGUUGAGAAUCAACAGCAAAUCCUGUACAUGUCAUGUUGACCUUGUCAAGUUAGGCAAGUUUUCAGUCGGGAGUUUUCAGACCAAGUGGUAUUCAGACCGUACAUACGUUAUCCCGAGCGUGCGCAAGCAUAAACGAGGCUUGUCCAUGCGCGCGCCACCUUCAGGAUGGCAACGGUUGUCCAGUGGACGGUCGAAGACGUGGCCUCAUGGUUGGAGCAAUGUUUGCUAUUGCCAUAUGGUGAAGAAUUCUUGCAGGCUGGUAUAGAUGGCGUGCAGCUGGUUCAUUUGACGCGUCAGGGCCUGCUGGGCUUGGGCGUUGACAAGGAAGAGCACAUCAAAUGUUUGUUGGAUCAUGUUUCGGUACUUCGAAUCCAGUGGGAAAGAAGUCUGCGCGCUGCCUGUCAGGGCCAACCGACAGACAUGCCAUCGGGCUUCGAUGCUUCAUGGAGGAGCGAGUCAGCUGAUGGACAGUGUACAAGAACAAAGCAUCGUGCAAGAAUGGUUUGGCCACGUGUGGGGUCUCCAAUUCUGCGUGCGACCUUCCGAGGUUCAAGGCAAAAUGAUGAAGAAUGUCAAAAGGAGUUGCACGACGCCGCCUGCAAGGUGCGCGAGCCCUGCCGCCAGCCAGAAGUGGGAAAGGACGAAGCACAGGACUGUCAACAAGGU